AUGCCUUCGGCAAGGAGGCUCCGCCUCCUUUUGGUGGCCGUCAUGGCCGUUGUAAUUACCACACUGUUCUUCACGUCGAAAAUGCGCCAGAACACAGUCCAGGACACCAGGACGAUACAAGACUUCUACCACAAGACCAUGAAUGCAAUCGACCAUCACCCUGUCGGGCAAAAAGCCGCCGACAGUCCAGACACAGUCAUCGAGCCACAUAUCAAGGACAAGGAUGGCGACGGCACAGUUGAUGAAGAUGACAUUCAGCUCGCCAGGGAAAUGUCGGAGCGCCUGCGCGCCGCCGAGCAAAAGGCCAAAGACUUAGCAAACAAGAAAGCUCCUCUCAAGCCAGAUCACCCGGACGAGGUCGUCGGUGUUGGCUCCUCAGCUGACGGCCAGCACCCGAAGAGUCCAGAGGCGCUCCAAAAUAAGGAGAAUGACGAAUCUCGCUCGGAGGGGUCGGUCGUUGACACCGAGGUUGACGAGGCCAUGGAUAGAAUACUCAAGAAAUCGCCCAUCAUCAUUUUCUCCAAGUCGUAUUGUCCAUACUCGAAGCGCGCGAAAGCGAUUCUCCUCACGAAAUACACAAUCGAUCCACCCCCAUACGUCGUCGAGCUCGACGAGCAUCCACUCGGGGCAAAGCUUCAGGCUAAGCUCGGACGGAUGACAGGACGCAAGACCGUGCCCAACAUCAUGGUCAAUUACAAGAGUGUUGGCGGUAGCGAUGAGGUUGCGGAUCUGCAUCAACGGAAAACGCUUGUAGACAAGUUCAAGAGCCUGACCAGUAAUCGUGUUGUUAUGAAGGAACGAUUCGAUUCAGCCAGCGACGACUCCUAA